AUGCAUACGGUGUCCCCCGAAGUUUGUGUGAAAGCUGCUGGAGCAGCACUUGGCACGGGAGGAGGCCGCCACAAAGGCGAAGGUAAAGCGCGCCGAGGAGGCCAAGUCGAUCGCGGGGGCCGCACGGGUGGGUGGCGAAAUCCCGACGCAUCCGGCGGCGGUAGAGAGCAAGGAGAAGCGAGCGCCAAGGGAGUCGCCGUGAAGACGGAGGCGAAAGUAAAAGGCGAAGGUGGUGGGCCGGAGCGGACCGACCUUGCUCGUGACGAAGUGUUCGAGCGAGAGUUGGGAUUCUACUGGGAACGCUCACGGAUCUUCACGCCUGUCGGGUGUGCCGGCGUGGACUUGGAGUCCGUGCGUGAUAUUAUGCGCCGCUUGACCGUGGUGGGCGAGUUUGACGAAACUCGGGACGACUGUGGAUACCGAACGGCCAACGUUGCUGUUGUGGAACGGUACCUUCACUUAUUUGCGAGCGCUCAGUCGUUUGAGCAGCCGGCGUUGUGGAUGCUGCUGACCUUGGAAGGCAUGCAGCUUGCGAGAGUGAUUUUUCACCGGUUCGAUGAGUUCAAGGGCGGCAUGAGCGUGUUGUAUGAACGGGGGCGCCUUGAGCGCUGGACUGUGGACGUGGGUCGGAUCGAGCUUUGCAAUGACGAGACAUUGCUUAAGUACCUUGUAGCGUUUGUGUGGACGCUUGUCGGGGAAGGCAGUGGGCGGCAUGGGCAGCCGUCGCUAACAGCGGAGCGGUUGGCCAACUCGCUGUCUAAUUUCGCCGGGGUGCGGCGACAGAAGUAUGGGUGUUUGGACGCUCGGUCUGUCGCGCGGCGCAACCCGAGGUAA